AUUUCGCGCGAAAGUUAGUCUAGGAGGAAGACCCUGAGAGGAAACUUCCGGUGGGAUAACAACAAUAACUGCACGCCAUCGAGAAGUGCAGGGACUUUAUUCAAACCGAAAAAUGUCUCAAGCUCGGGUUACCGAUUAUUUUGCGCAGAGUAAGAAAGGUGGCGUCGCUCGGUCUGCACGGUCCAAGGGACAAAAAGUAUCAGCAGAUGCAGCGGUGAUCGCUAAACCAAAGACAGCGUCCGGAUCUACACGCUCUUCACGUGAAACGACGCGCGAUCCCCGCACACCAGAGCCUCAAAAACAUGUCCAGCAGGAGUUCCUCAAAGUCAUCGAUGAGGCUUUAUCGGCACAAACAGAUACCUUGACUGACUUUCGAGAUGUGAGUAACGAGGGCUUAACGGCGAGUCCCAGAACUCCUAAACGGACGGCGGAGUUUGACGUGUGUUCGGUGCUGUUCCCGUCCACAACCGAGCAGCACAGCAGCGCCAAGAAGCGACUGAGGGUCAGCGCGAGCCAGCACCGCAGAGCUUCACCGGAGGAGCGCGCGGUUCAGAAGACCGCGAGGAAGAAGCUCGAUCUCCUCACAAAUGGCCACAAAGAGCAGAGCAUUGAGCCCUUGGCCAACAGCACCUCUCAGGCCCCUCAACAAACCGCCAGCAAAGAGUCUAAAAAUACUGUUGAUCAUAAUGCUAAUAGUUCUCCUGUAAACAAAACGAAUGGAGACGAUAAGCCCAAGCGGACAACCAGGAGCAAGAAAACGUUUACAAGAGAGGAUGUGGCAGCAUUGAAGUCCAAGCUGCAAAGACUGAAAGGACGGUCUGACACCGAGACGAAUCCCUCACCUGCCCCCGUCUCGGGACUAACGGAGCUGAAAGCCAGGCUCGAUGCGGCCCGGGAGAUCUCUGCCAAAGUUCAGCAAAAAAAAGCUGAGCGAGUUGCAGAGGAUGCUAAAGCUACCGAGGCACAGGCUGAGCCCGAAGCAGAGGAAAGAGAGAAGCUCCCAGCUUAUCAGCGUUUCCACACUUUAGCUCAGUAUGUGCUGCCUGGUCUUACCCUGCCCUACCAAUACAAAGUUCUUGCCGAGAUGUUCCGCAGCACGGACACCAUAGUCGGGAUGCUGUUCAACCGCUCCGAGACGGUCACUUUUGCCAAAAUCAAGCAAGGGGUCCAAGAUAUGACGCGCAAACGUUUUGAAGAGAGCCAUCUGGGGCAGAUAAAGGCUGUGUACCCUUCUGCCUAUACUUUUCGUCAGGAGAGAAACAUUCCCUCUUUCAGUGCUACUGCAAAAAGGUCCAGCUAUCAGCUUACAGUGGAGCCGGUCAUUCACGAAGAAUUUAACGGUACUCGUCCAGUGUUGUCGGCCUCUCGUCUUUUGGAAAGAAGGCACAUAUUUCACCAAAAUCUGGUUGAAAUCGUGAAGGGACACCACAAGGUGUUCCUGGCUUCCCUAAACCCUCCCAUUGUCAUUCCUGAUGACAAACUGACCCGCUGGCAUCCCAGAUUCAAUGUGGACGAGGUUCCCAACAUCAAGCCAAGUGAUUUGCCUCAACCACCUCAAACUGAGAAACUGACCUCAGCACAGGAAGUGUUGGACAAAGCUCGUGCUCUCAUGACACCAAAGAUGGAGAAAGCCUUGGCUAACAUGGCCUUGAAAACAGCAGAAACCGCUAAGGAGCCAGAGACCUCCGCUAAAUCUGUUGCCACACCGACAGAAACCCCCAGUGCCCUUAAAGGAGUUUCUCAGUCACUGCUGGAGAGGAUUCGUGCAAAAGAGGCUCAGAAAGUGCAGGCUGCUAUGACACGGAACCCGCAGCAGGAAGAGCGCCUGUCGAUGAUGUCACGGCUGCCGGAGUUGGCCAGGAUCUUGCGAAAUGUAUUUGUAGCAGAGAAAAAGCCAGCCCUCAUCAUGGAGCUCGUCUGCAACCGCAUGAUCGCUAGCUACAGAUCUCCUCUCAGUUCUGAUGAAAUGGAGAAACAUCUUCGUCUGUUGGCUGAGUUGACACCUGCCUGGCUAACAGUGCAUCCAAUCAGGAAGGAUAUGUACCUGAAGCUCAAUAAGACCAUGGAUCUGAACAUUGUGCUGGACAAACUGAACCAAAAGAUGAAGGAAGAGGAGCGUAUCUGAGGAAAUUCAAACGAGACUGUCGAGAGAAUACCAUGUGCAAUACUUUAUUACAGAUUAUGCCUGGAUUUUAACAUUUAGAUGACAUUAUUACUUUUUAAUUUGUUCAGUCUGUUUUGCAUUUUCCAAAACUUUCAAGUCUGGUGGUCACUGUUUUUAACUGCUGUUUCUGUUGUGAUUUUUGCAUCUUAGCACAAUUAUUGUUCAUAAAUGUAGACAUGUAAAAAGUCAUUUGUAUAAAGGCAGUUCAAUGUAGUUCUACACAAGUUUGGCUUCUUUGGUAACUUAAACGGUAAAGUUCAUCGAGUUAAUGUGCAUUGAUUCAUUUACAAUAAACAAGUUCAUGCAAGCAA